AUUACAGAUAACAGCAGUGAAGGAGAUUGUAAGAGUAAGAGCAUAGACCGAGUUACUGAGUACCAGACUACCAAUGGUGAUUGUCAUCAAGAGAUCAAAGUAACCAACUCCAGCUGUUUUGGUAUAUGGCCUUUUUUAAAGACUUUUUCACAAGUUAAAAUGGGAUGUUGUGGAUGCGGUGAAGAUGACUCGGCGAAAAUUGAACCUGGGAGCCAAGAGAGGGAAUUGUCAUUCUCCGGAUCAGAAGUAUUUGCGAAAAAACGAUCAUGUACCGACCUUCCAGCGCUUUUAAUCCUUAUUUUGAUCAUUGCCGGCUACGGUUUUUUUGUUAGCUGUGCGGUUAAAAAGGGAGAUCCCUUUCGACUUCUCUACGGAUAUGAUGACUGUGCUAACGUUUGCGGUCGAGUUACGAGCAAAGAAACAAACCCAGAGUUUUCUUGCAAAGGUGCUGACAUGAGAGAGCUCCGUUAUCAUUACGCUGAAUUCGGAGUAGAGGGAGUUAAAUCGCGAAAAUGUAUUGAAAACUGUGAUCGCCUGGGAAAUGAAACAAUACGAUUUUUAAAUCGUUGCAUCGUUAAAACUAAUGGCAAUAAUCCUACAAACGCUUUAAUAAAUAACUUGGGAGUUAAAAAUUUUUUUAAUGAAGCCGCAAAUGAUUUGAAUAUUGCAUGGAGAGAAUUGAUUUACCUGCUAUUAAUUGCUCUGGCAUCAUCCCUCGGCAUUCUGAUUGCUUUCCGAUACAUCGUACAAUACGUCAUAUUCAUUGUUCUAAGUGGUGCAGUUGUCAUCUCCAUUGCUGGGACAAUUUACCUCUGGUAUAAUAUCACUCUUUUCAAUAUUCUAACCGGAGUCGUAUUAAUAUCGGCUGAUAAUGAUAAACAACAAUCUAUACACGUCUAUACACAUAAUUAUUCCAGGUUGCUCUGGUAUUUGGAAAAGAAAGACGUUAUGGCUGGUAAAAUCGACGACGAAGAAGCACAUAUACAAGCGUAUUUGGUAUAUGCUAUUUUAAUGUCAAUAGUUGCUGUUGUGACACUUCUAGUGGUACUCGUAAUGCGAAGAAGAAUAGCUUUAGUUUCACAAUUAUUUAAAGAAACCGGUAAAGCGAUUUAUUCAAUGCCUGGAUUAUUGUUGCAACCAAUCUACACUUACAUAGUUAUCAGCGCUUCACUUGUCACGUGGCUUUAUAUAAUGAUGUGGAUUGAGAGUGCCGGUGAUCUCUAUAAAAAUAAAAAAGGCCAUUAUCACUAUAAAAAAAAUGGUUUGCUUGAGGGCGCACGUUGGUAUAAUAUCUUCAUGUACUUUAUAAUGAUGCAGUUUUAUCUGGGUUGUCAGCAUAUGAUUGUAGCUGGUGCGGUGGCUCGAUGGUUUUUUACAAGGGAUAAAAAGCAGUUGUCAAUGCCAGUAACUCGCAGUACGUGUUCAUUAAUACGAUACCAUCUUGGUACUGUUGCAUUCGGAGCGCUGAUUAUAGCCAUUGUUAAAUUUCUAAGAGCUAUUUUCGCUUAUACAGCGAAAUAUAUUCAAAAAUAUGAUAAUGCCUGGAUAAAAGCACUAUUAUGUUGUUGUAAUUGCUGCUUAUGGUGUUUUGAGAAUACUCUUAAAUUUUUAACACGAAAUGCUUACAUCGAAACUGCCAUUUACGGGUGUAAUUUAUGUGGUGGAGGCAGAAAAGCAUUCCGAGCACUUACGGACAAUAUAUUACGAGUAGCAGCUAUUAAUAGCGUUGGAGAUUUUGUAUUAUUCUUGGGUAAAGUACUCGUAGUUGCGCUUACCAUUGUUGCCGGUGUUUACUUGAUCCAGAAAAAGGACGGCCUGCACCAUCCUUGGGUACCAAUAGUUCUUGGUGGACUGUUUGCUCUUCUCAUUUCCCAUUGUUUCAUUUCAAUUUAUGAGAUGAUAAUCGACACAAUAUUUAUAUGCUUCUGCGAAGACUGUUCAAGAAACGAUGGAAUUAGCCGUCCUUAUUACAUGAGUCGCGGGUUGAUGGAAUUCGUAGAAAACAGUAAGGAAGCCAUGAAAAAGCUUUAA